UUGUACACAUAUACUUUUGUCAUAUUUAGGUAAUUCUGUUUCUGUCUUUAUCACUGAUGGGACUCUUGCGAUGAAUUUCUCUCCGUCUCCAAGUUCUCCAUGAAUUCACUUUCUCUGGUGCACCAUGCAAAGUUUGCCAAAAUUAUUAACUUUUUUUAUGUUAUAAAGUUUGAUGGAUUCUGUACUUUAUCAUUUGCUCUGUGUUUUCUCCUCACCUCCAUAAUCUCUGUUGUCACUUUGCUUCCCCUUUCUCUUUCUCGGCACAUUCUCUUCAUUUAUGGUCUGAUCUAUUGGCUUCAUCUUCUUAUCCACAGAUACAUUUACUACACACUUUGGUGAUUUUGUUCCUGUCUUUGUCACUGUGGGGCUCUUACGAUGAAUUUCUCUCCAUUUAUGAGUUUUCCAUGAAUUUACUUUCUCAGGUGCAUCAUAUAUGAUGAAAAAAAUCUAAUCCAAGAGUGUUAUGGUGUUUGACACUAUAUCAUAACAAGUACAAAAAUUCAAGAAACCAAUUGCUUCAAUUGAAUUAGUUUUUCAUCACCAGCUACUACUAUUGUGUGUGAGUGAGUGAGUGAGUGAGUAAUUAAGAGCUAGGGUGCUGGUUUUGUGGAAGAUCUUUUUAUAGCUCUUCCAUGUCGAAAGAUUCAUCAAUCUCGAGUUCUGACGAUGAUUCGGUUGUGUUCUUGGGGGAUGUUACACCCCAAGGUAACCGUAACCGUAACCGUUACCGUCGUGUGCGUCGACGCAUGCUUGAAGGUGACAACGGAAUACCUGCCAACCCUAACCCUAACGAUAACCGUAGCCUAAUCGUUGGAGGUCAUGAUCUGCGUGCGAGGAGGACCGUGACGGGUAAUAACCAGCCUAACCGUGACGGCAACGCUUCUGAAGAGAGUACUACAGCGACUAAGAAGGCAGCAGGUCAAGUAAGAAAGAGUGGUGAUGCAAACUUUCAAGUCGGUGAGAGCAGCAAAAUCCAAAAGAGGAAGACGAAGAAGAGGGGGAGGAAGAAGAAGAAGAAGGAGAACGACGAUGUUUUGGAUGAAAUGAGGAAUAAGUUGCUACGCGCCGGUUGGGAAAUUGGGAUUGAUGAAAAAGAUGAAGAAACUGUUUUCUAUGAUCUGAAAGGGAGAGCUUAUACCAAUUGCAUCAUAGCUGCGUACGAGUGUUUGAAAAAGAAGUAUGAGGAGCACAAAGGAAGAGGGAUCUAUUAUUUGAAGAAUUUCAAGUUUACUCCCAUCAAGGAUGAUGAUUUCGAGAAGCUUCUGUCAUGGAAAGAUGCUAAGAAGAGAAAAAGAAAAGAUGAAGCUCAUGACCCAAACCCUAAUAAUAACGAUCGUAAUAAGAGGGGAAAGAAUAGCAGGGAAGACGCGAACAAGAAGAAGCAGAAACAGAGGGUGGAAACGAGCAGGAAAGGAAAAGAGAAGGUUGUUUACGAUGAAUCUGAUUCUGAUUCUGAUUCUGAUUCUGACAAGGAUCCAAAUGAUAACACGUGUCUUCUCUGUGCAAAUGCUCGAGAAGGCACUCUAGUUUGUUGCGACGGUUGUCCUUCUUCUUUUCAUCUGAGCUGCUUGAAAUUACCUGGGGUUCCACCUGGUGACUGGUACUGCAGUUAUUGCAGAUGCAAAUUUUGUGGGUUGAUGACUGGUGCAGCUGAUGAUCCUAUGUCACGCACAUGUUGCUUUUGCGAGCAUAAAUAUCAUAGGUUCUGUUCACCCAUGACUGGUGGUAUCAUCAUUGAUCUUUCAGAUAAUCCGUUACACUUUUGCAGUAACAAAUGCGAACAGUUGUUUGCGAGAGUUCAAGGGCUUCUUGGGAUCAAACAUGAAAUUGGAGAUGGGUUUUCUUGCACUUUUUUAUCUGGAUUUGAGAAUAAUCGUCCUUCCCAACUUCCAGAAUGUCAUGACAAGCUGUUUAGUGCACUGAAAAUAAUGCAAGAUGGAUUCAAACCUGGAUAUGAUCAUAGAACAGGAGUAAAUUUGAUACAAAAUGUUGUAUACAGUCGUGGGUAAGGGCCACUUAGCCUUUCUUUUCUAUAUGCC